AUGGAGGAUCUAGCAACUCUCAAGAACAGGCUUCCCAACUCGUUGGGCAACAAUGAUAAUCCGUUCCAACUUUUAGGCGCCGAUCAGGGCUUUGACACAAAGCAACAGGAGCUAGUAAGAGUUCGCUAUGAGGACACAGGGAAGUGGGUGCUGAAUUCCAACGAGUUUAUUUCCUGGAAAGACGGGAAAAGGUUUGACUCUCAAGUUCUCUGGAUCUCGGGUCAGCCUGGUUCAGGCAAGUCGGUCCUCAUGUCGACUAUUAUUGAGUGGGCACUUGAACGGGCCUCAACGUCGAAGAAAGACGUCGUUGUCUACUUUUACUUUGAGGCAAGCCGCAAGGACACUGCACGAGAUGCCUUAUCGAGUCUUCUUGGACAGCUUCUUUCGAAGGACAUUAAGCUUCCAAGCUCAAUUUCAAGCUUCUUGGAAUCGUAUAUCCAAUUAAGGACAGGAACAGAAUCUGGGUCCUCUCCCUUCAACCUGAACGAAGUCACAUCUGCAUUCCUGACUUUGUCACGAGAGUUCAAAUCCGUCACCAUUUGUAUGGACGGGUUAGACGAGUGUAGCGACAUCCAAGACUUACUUAGGUUACUAGAAAGGCUCUUGGAGUCUUCCUGUCGCUUGGUUGUCGCCUCCCGGCCAUGGUUGGAGUUUCAAAAUUUCUUCGAAGGCCAGCUGAAUAUAGAAAUCACAGAGAGAAACAACGCAGAUAUCCGACAAUACUUCAAGACUUUUCUCAAGGAGAACCCGAGACUUGCAAAGAUGAUGGGAGAAAAUCUCUCGAGGGAAGCCGAAGAUGUAAUCGGGCCACGAUCAAAUGGAAGUUUUGUAUGGACAGGUCUCCAGAUGGAACAGCUUCUUCAGCUGACAUGCCGAGCCGAAAUAAAAGAAUACUUGAAAAGCUCUCCAGCAGAUCUUGAAGACAUGUACACGCUUCUUCUCUCUAGGAUAAAAGAACAACAUCCUAGCCGGGUUGAACUCGCAUCCAGAAUCCUUACUUGGCUCACAACAUCCACCCGAUCCUUAACCUUAUCAGAGCUUCAACAGGCGGUAUCUAUCAACACCAACACUGAAAUCUCACACUCUGUUUUUGAUCAGGACAGGACGCCUCCUAUUUCGAUGAUGGAGGAAGUCUGUAUGGGGCUGAUCACAACCGAACAGGCUCAGGAUAUCAUCAAAUUAUCACAUCAUUCACUUGGGAACCUCUUCGCUAAAAACAGAAACCUCAAGGAUAUUCCGGAGAUACAAAAUCCAGAUUAUGUGGUUGUGUGUUGUAUCGCUUGCAUUAAGGCCCCUGAACUCAAGCUUGGGCCAUGCGAAACCGUUGAGGCUUACAAGCAACGGCUGUCAGACAUGCCCAUAGCUCUCUAUGUGGCUGAGAGCUGGGGAUUCCACAUUGAACAGAAAGGCGACUUCUAUAAGAGAAUCGAACAGGUCUUUGAUGCUUUGAAAGAUACUCGACGCUUGGACACCCUUGUGCAGCUUAUGCACGUCGGGGGAAAACCACAUAACGACCAAGACGUCAAACAGUUCCCCACAGACUUUACGACAACACACAUAACAGCGUAUUUUGGCCUUGAAUUAGCACUGCAGCGUGAAAUAAUUUCAUCGAGUCUUACCGAGAAUAUCGAUAACCAAGACUCGUGGGGUAGAACAGCUCUUCACGUCGCGGCCGGAAGGGGUCACCUGUCGUUUUGUGCCAUACUAGUCCAAGCAGGCGCCAGGAUGGAUAUUAAGGAUAGAAACAAUAGGUCUCCGCUGCAUCACGCCGUACUAAGUAGGCAAUAUGAUCUUUUUGAAAUGUUGCUACAUUUUGUACCACAUAACGUUGUCGAAGAAGAAGGUCAAGGGCUUUUGAAGACGGCGGUCCAAGGAGGCCAUCUGGAAAUAGUAUAUCGGCUUUUGGAAAUUGGAAAAGUGGAGGUCGCUGAAGAGACAGUCCGUUUGGCAGCAGCGCAAGGCGACUUUGACAUUGUUGAGGUUUUGAUCGGCCACAGCGAUUUCAAGGGUCUCGACGGGGCGAUGUUAGAAGCCGCACGGCAAGGUUCUGCCCGGGAGGUGUUGCGGCUCUUCGAAAUGGGAGCUGACGUCACAGCAACCGACGGUGACGAGAAAAUGACGGCUCUUCACCAUGCCGUGGUUCAAGAUCAUGCUCCGCUGAUUUCAAGGCUUCUGAGUAUUGGAGCAGACUCUGAAGCCAACGACGCAAAAGGUCGGACCCCACUCUUCAUUGGUGCAGAAAUGGGUCAUAGCCGUGUCGUUGAAGCACUGUUACAAGCGGGAGCCGUCAUGGACGUUAGCGAUAUACGUGGGAGGACUCCCCUUGACGUGGCUGCAGCUGCAGGCCAUACAGACAUUGUUCGCAUGCUGUGCUUCUCUGGGUGUGCACUUCAGCCAAGCGUGGCUGCACUAGAUUCGAAGGGAAAAGACAAACAGGGCGAAGCAGAGGUGAAUGCACUACAAGCCGCCGCACUCGGUGGUUUUGACCAAAUUUUAUGCCUACUAGUGGAAAACGGUUCAGACCCGGACAUGCGAGGCCAGACAAAUCGCACUCCAUUGUCAUACGCCGCUGCUGCUGGACACAAACGAAUUGUUCGGCGCCUGCUAGACUUUGGCGCGGAUGCAAACGCACAGGACUCGAGUAGCCGCACAGCUCUAUCUUACGCCGCCGAGAAAGGGGACAGUCAGAUUGUGAAGGUCUUGUUGGAAAGAGGAGCUAUCGACCUCGCUCUGUCAGAUAACAAGGGGAAGACAGCGCUAGCAUAUGCUAAAGAGCGAGGCGACAAUGAUAUGUUACUAAUGCUAGAGUUAGCAGAAUCAGAUAGUUAA